AUGUUCUUAGCCCAAUGCUUCAAUAUUGUCUAUACCAAUCUAUCGCUAAUGCAAAAACCGCAUGACGGCUUCGAACGCCGCCAAAGCUGCGGCGUUGGCCGGGAAAGACCGCAAGAUGGACGGCCCGAAGCCCCGCGUAAAGCCUCGCCAGCCCCGCUCCCUAUAAAUGUACUUGACGGCGUCGAUGUAGUGAGGAAACUUUUUCUCUGCCCGGAUCGGGCUGUCGGUCAUAAUCACCUGCUUCACCACAUCAGCAGGAUAGGCGAAGAUCCAAAACACUGUGGCCGACAACCCGCCGGCCCAGAAGUUGAUGGCAGGCCGCGACAUGGAAGUGUUUUCAGCAAAGUAGUUGGUGAAGAUCUCGUACGAGCCCCACCAAAAGACAAAGUUGGUGCGGAACACCAUGGUGCCAAAAAGCCCGGCGUACCAUGUGCGGGGCGAGAUCUUCCACAACUUUUUCGCCACGUCGAGUGGGCCCGAGUAUAUGCGAGACUUGGCGUCGUAUUGGACCUGGAGCCGGGCCUUAAACUGUUCGAUGGGCGCCGCAACAAAAGAAACAGUCCAUCCACUUCCAAGACCGGCAAUAAGAUGGCCGGCAAACGGAAGCUUUUUCUCUUCCGUGUAGACGUUUUCCAUCAACAAACGGCGGUACAAGUGGAGAGACCCAAGCAUCACCGAAUCCAUAAGCACCCAGCCCACCAAUGGAGGUGUGAAACCUUUGUAGAAACCUCGAAUUCCCUCGCUUCGAAAUGUCUGCCAAACACAGUCCAUGGGGCCUUUGAACCGGCCCUCGGAUGUCUGGAGACGCACUUUGACCGUAUCAAACGGAUGGCCGACGGCGUUUUUGGUCACUCCGGAAAACAUUCCAGCUAUGAAGCCAAGAUACUUUGGCGGGUGUUUUUCGUCGGACAUGGAUAUAGAGGAAAGAGGAAAGAGAAUUUAAAGGGAAAAUAA